AUGGUUUCUACCUACACUUCCAAAUGUCAUUUCUUUCUUGACACUUAUUGCUUCACUGGAACGGCGGUUUUGGCGAAACCAGCAAACCCGCAUGCAAACCAGCAAUUAUAUAUAGUCUUAUCUCUUACUCUUUCUUUCUAUCCUAUGGCAAGAGGUAGAGUGAAGUCUAACAAUGGUGUUGGUGAACUAGGGGCCGAGGGGGUCCUUCACCAAAUCAAGCAUGAAUCUCUAGUUGAGAUCGUGAGAUACAAAGAGUGCAUGCAUAACCAUGCAGCCUCCAUGGGUUACUAUACCAUCGAUGGAUGUUGUGAGUUUGUGAAAGGUGGGGAGGAUGGAACUCCAGAAUCUCUUCUUUGUGCUGCUUGUGAAUGCCACCGGAGCUUCCAUCGGAAGGAGGUCCUUUUCCAUGACGGCACAACCGAAGUUUGGUACCUCCCUCGCCCUGUGACAAUUGUUGCUGCUCCAAUCCCAUUACCACAAAAUAUUUUUCUGUACAAUUUGAGGGCCCCACCACUGAAUCAACAUCAGAAUGAGGUACCAUCUGAGAUACUCAGAGAAGGAGAAACCAAGGUGGAAAUGGAAGGAACGAAGAAGCCGAGAACAAAGCUGACAAAGGAGCAGAAGGAAAGAAUGAGUGCUUUCGCUGAAAGGUUAGGUUGGAAAUCACACAGGCAUAAUGACGAAGAAAUUCGCAAGUUCUGCUCUGAUAUUGGGAUUAGUCGUAGAGUGUUCAAAGUUUGGUUAAACAAUAACAGAUAUGGGAAGGGAGCUGCUCUACCUGCACCCUCAUCAUCAGCAUCGCCACCGCCACCGCCACAACAACCAUCAUCACCACCUCCAUCGAUGCCACCGCUACCCCCCACCUUUUGCUCAAGCUAGCAUAUGACUAUUUAUUGAACCUCUGCUUGAGAAAAAGGAUUGAAAAUUUUAAAAUUAGUCUUCAUUUCAAAUGUUUUGUUUUUCUUUGUUCUGUUCUGAACUGAGCCAUGACAACCAUUUAUGGCUGUUUUUGGUGGUUGUGAUUUUCAGCUUUUAGUCAUUUAGAGUCUUUUUUUUUCGUGAAUUCCUAGGUGGAGUAUGCAUGUUUACCUUUGUUUGUUUGGCUUUAAAAUUUGUCUCCUUUCUUUUAUCCUAUAUCUUCCUUUUGCA